CAUGAUUGUUAGCUAAGCAUUCACAAUCUUACCUUUUAAUUCUUUUUUCUUUUCUUUUUCUUUUUUAAUUUGGCAAUAUCUGUUAAUAAUAAAGAAAUUCCUAAAUUUAUGUGUAUCGGCUGAUAAUAAUUACUUCCUGUGUUCCUCUUUCUGUUUGGUAAAUCAAGUGCUUGCUCUUGACUUGGUCCGAUGUUUCGCCCUUACUCUUAUGGUCCAAGAGCUGCAUGGCUUUGGAUCAUUGAGUACGUAUCAAGCUUUCCCCAGCUAGAUAUUUCCAUUAUAUCCGGUCUGAUUGAAACAGCUCCAAUUUUACCAGAGGACCUAGAAGAAAAUACAAGUGAAAGGGUUGCUUUAAGAUGCUUGGAGGAGUUAUUUGGUCCUCAAAACAGUCAUGGAAGUGUUGCUCCCGUUUCAAGAGCUGUUUUGAAUCCUUCUGCAAGCUGCGAUGAUGUUCUUGAUCACAUACUGUAUCACAUACUGCAAAAGGUCCCAUUAUCUGAUCUGAAAAAUGCUGGACCAGAGCUUUUGAGAUGGGAUGGUCACUCCUUUAUUGAGCAUAAAAGAGCCACCCUACCUAAAUGUGCAUUAGAACAGUUGAAAGAUGUUAUUUUGCUGGACGACCCUUAUCUUGAUGGCAAUGAAAAUGGGCCUCCAUCACGGUCUGAUGACAGCAAUGAUGAAAAUGGUAAUCAAGAGGGUAACUUGAUUCCACAAAUUAAAAAAAAUGAAGAGUUGCUUGGAAGAAAUCCAAUUCCGUCGAAGAGGUCUAGAGAUGAGUUGGUUGCUGGAAAUUCGAAGGGAAUAGUCAGUGUUAACCAUGGUAGUAUGCAAUGUGAUCUUCAUUUGAAUGCAAAGAAGUCAAAGCUAGUUGCGAAGCCCGCUUGUACUAUUCAGGCUGUUGCGGAGCUUCCAAUUCACCUGCAUGAUGAUGAUGAGCGGUUGGAAGAUGAAUCUCAAAGGAUUAUGAAGGUUACUGAAAUAGGGACUAAUAACUUGGGAAAGGUUUCUCAGAUAGGUGAGGGUAAUCGAGAUUUAUGUGUUGCCUCAAGGACCCCUGGGCUGAUUGAUGCUGUUGGUCGUGUGGAAUUGCUGGACAAUCAGAUGGAAAAUGUUCAAAAUGAUAAUACUGACAUGAUGGUCGAGCAAAAGCAUGGAGAUAUAAUUUGCCCAAAUGUUGUGAUUAACGAAUCCAGUCCUGUUGAAAAUGGUGCACCGGUAAAGGAAUCUAGUGGUGAUGUGGGUGGAAAUAUUGAUCACGAUUUUACAUCAAGUUCCCAAAAUUCUAUCUCCGCUGAUGGGUUACAAGAAAAUGUUGAUCUGAAUGGGGAAAAAGCUGACAUGGAUCAUCCUUGUGUGGAACAGAUAUGCGAAGAUGAAGAUGAGAUCUUUAACAUUUCCUUAAAGAAGAACCUUUUCUUGAGUUCACAGCACAUGGCUAGUCAAGAUCCUGUUCAAAAUGCUGACUGGACAGAACAAAAUUCUUGUGUCAAGUGUAAUCAAAAUGGUCGGUUGUUGGUCUGUACUUCUAGUGGUUGCCUGCUUGCGGUUCAUGAGAGCUGCUUGAAUUGCCCUGCAAGAUUUGAUGAUAAGGGCCACUUUCUUUGCCCUUUCUGUGCAUGCUCUGUUUCCAUCUCAAAUUAUCUAGAAGCUAAGAACAAGAUCAUCUUGGCAAGGAAGAAACUAGUUGCAUUUAUGGGGCUUAUGGGAAAACUUAUUCAGGAGCAGGGGAGGUCUUGGAAUCAUUCAAAAUUAAAUGGCAAUGAAAACCUUGCUGGAAUUCAGGAGAGUGGGCAUCUAGGGAGAGAGCAUGAACACAAACAGGAAGAACUACCAGCCAAGCUUAAAACCUCUGAUGAUAAUCCAACCACUGAAAACACUGAAACUUUCCCCAUAAAUCAGGUAGAAGUUGAAGGAGAUGACAUACUAAAGGAAGUUGUAGGGCCUCAGAUUACUGAUGCAAGUCAGAAACUUGUCAAUAGUGAUGGAGAGGAAUCAUCUACCAGUGCAGAUGAUAAGUAUAUAAUAUCUAGUCAUUCUACAAGGUCCAAAAAAAGUGAAACAAGGCAAUCAUUCUCGCCAACUCGACGAUUGAGAAGAAAGAAAGCUCCAUGGACGAAUGACGAAGAAGAGAUGCUCAGGAAGGGAGUGCAGGAGCUUGCAAAUGAGGAUGGGACAGUUCCAUGGAAGAGAAUUUUGGAGUUUGGUACCAAUGUGUUUCUUAUGGAUAGGACUGCAACAGACCUCAAGAAUAAGUGGAGAAGUAUGUGCAAGGAUAGCCCGGGAUGCAAAUGAUAUGAUGUCACAGCCUUGUGAUUUUGCAUAUAAGAUGAUGUGAUUUAUAUAUCUCGGUUAAGUCAUCUCUUUUUGUUUUAAAGGAAGUAGGUGAGUUCAAUAGCUCUGUUAUGAUUUACUGUAUUCAGGGCUACAGCAUAAGUAAUAGGAAGUUGGAAAUGGGUUUUCCCCCUGUUUUUGUCUUUUGUGAAAUGAAAUACUUGUUUGGCUUUGAUGGAAUUGGAAGCCAGUAUUUUGAAUGAUGUUAGUAUAUAUCAUCUAUGUACCUUUGGUCAUCUCUAAUGCUAAGGUAUGGCUAGUUUACCUAGCUAGUUUAAUCCUA